GAAAUGCUUCGUGAAUGGCUACCAUAUCAGACCGAGUACCUGAGAAGCAUUUACGCCUCCUCGGUGCCGCCAACCACGACCGCCGACGGCUCAUACCAAUGCAUGGAGUGCCACGGCAGCGGAGGGCGUUGGAAGUGCACUGGUUGUCUUGGGUCACCGGUGUACUGCACAUCGUGCUGCCUCGACAGACACAGCCGAGACCCUUUCCAUCGUAUUGAGGUGUGGGACACGAAGGGCUGCUGGACGAGUUCUUGGCUGCGAGACGUUGGCGUUUGCGUCGAGCUGGGACAUCAUGGUGGGUGGUGUCCGGUACCAUCUGGGCGGCCGCCGGCGGAUAUCCACGACAUUCUUGACGAUGACGAUGAUGAUGAGGAGGUAGAUGACACAGAGGACACCUGGGAGGAUGAGGAGCGAAAUGGCGGGGCCGGCGACGAUCCCCUUCGUGCUGCUGACAGUCCGCCAAAGCCUCCUCAUGCCAUGAUGACAAUUGUAGACACGUCCGGCGUUCACUUCCUACCUGUCAGGUGGUGCGGGUGCCCUUCUCGGCAGGGGUGGAAAGCGCAGCUACUAGCAGCGGGUCUCUUCCCUGCAAGUCAGCGUGCACCGAAGUCGUGUUUCACGUUCCGCGUACUGGACGACUACUUGAUGACCAAUGUCGAGUGCAAUACAAACGCAAUGAACUAUUAUCGACGGCUGCGUCGAUUAACGAAUCCGGCGUUUCCACAUCUAGUGCCGGACCGAUAUCUCGAGUUCAUGCGUGUCACGCGUGAAUGGGCGCUCCUCCAAGCAAAAAAGACAUUUGGAUUUGGCCCGGAAGGUCGCGGCACACCCGGUGACGGUGACCUCGGCUACUUCUGUGUUGCAUGUCCACAGCCCGGGAUAAAUAUCGAUGGGCAGUGGCAAGAAGAUCCAAAGACAUACUUAUACGCUCGGAGCUAUGUCAUGGAUGGUAACUUCUCAGCGGAGCAAAUGAAAAUGCGACGACCUGCAAAUGACGUACCAAUGAUGCCGGGCAAGAUGUUUCUGGUAAACGACGGGCCGUACCAAGAGCAUCUCAAGGUGGCAAAGGAUAUCAAAAUGCGGUCCACAUGUAAUGACCACAAGGCAGUCUCACAAGCAAACGCCGAUCGACACAAGCUGGCGGUCACCGGUAUUGGUGCAACUGCCUGCUCGCGCCACGGGUGUUUCGUACCCCAUUCGGUUGUGAAUUUCCAGAAAGGCGAACGGCAAAUGAACAUGGACUACUCAUUGUCCAAUGCGAUGAAGUACAGGGCACACGAGAAACAGCCGGUGGUUGUGCUGUAUGACAUUAUGUGUCAAUACGGCGUUCACAUUCGGAAGCGAUUCACUGACAGCCCGCAUAUCUCAAUGCCACACGACCUGACGCUGUGGAAAGGAAUAGGCCUGUUCCAUGUUCAUGGUCACCAGGACACCUGCGAGGUCCGGUAUUCGCCCACAUUCAUGGCUGGUGCUGGAAAUGUUGACGGCGAGAUUCUGGAGACGAUGUGGGCGUCCCUGAAUCGUAUUUCAGGAACUACUCGAUCAAUGUCGUCAUCCAAUCGCCAGGAGACACUAGACCGGCACAUGAAUGACUGGAACUACAAGAAGAUGAUAACUAUGGUGGCCCUACUACGGAGGCGCAUACAGGCAAAUCGACCGCUGUUGCUGAAGAUGCGAGAAGCUUUGGAUGCCCAGGAAUCAGGAAUAAGCACUGAUGUACUUGUACAAUGGCGCCGGGUGCUUCGCGGGGCCCAGGAGCAGAGAUUGCAAGAUGUCCGGGCCAUGGACAUUUUCAUGAUUCCCGAGCAGACAGCUCCGUCGAAGGCCAGUCUGCAGCUAAGGCUGACCACUGCGGAAGGAAAUGAUGGCACUCCAAUUGGAACCGCAGAUUGGCUCGCGGACGGCCUUAAAAUUGAGGAAGCGCAGAUUUUCUUGUGGCAGGAUACCAUGCGGCAUGGAACAAAUGCGACGAGCGCUACCAGGAUUAAACUAGCAAAACAUCGUAAGGCCCUGGAAAAGAGCAUCGCCCGUUUCAAUUCCCGAGCCAACCGCAUUGCGCGCGCAUUCAACUGGGACGUUAUUCGGCAUGAGACACCGGAAGACGAAUGGAGGACGCUACGAGGACCAUUUGCACCUGAUGCGUCCGAGCACGUGGUCCUAAAUCUGCCCUCGAAUGCAUCUCCAGAGAUGAUGACAAAUGACCGAAGCCUGAGGCGGUUGGCCCGUCGCGAGCGAACUCUACGCCGGGGCCAAGCGAAUGAUGCUCUGCACCGACUGCGGGUAUUGCUCAGCGAAAAGUCCUUUCAUUUCCGCCACCGUAUCCGUCCAUCUCGUGGAUCACAGCAGCGAAAGACACGGGCCUAUGCCGGACUUGAGAAAAUCACAAGGGAGAUUCAACGGUAUGGCGCGGUGUAUCGCAGUGCAAGGUCAGCAUUGGUGCGGCUCAAUAUGAGCAGGGAAGCACGCAGGAUAUACAAACGUCUCAGACCCGCCGAUCUCAAGGUCAGCACCGCAAUUGCCGAACCAAAUGCACGCGGCCAACGGCAUGCCACCCUGCCGUGGAUCUGGACAGUCAAUGUUCAACAAGACAUGGAUGACGAUGAGCACAUGCUCUUCGUCCACCGGGUUCAUUGGUUCCGAGCUCGGUCACGGCUUGACCGGGCAAUGGAAGAGUCGGCGAUUCUCAAGCGCGAGUUGCAAUCAACAAAAUUGUACUUCGAUUACGAGCAGGAUCGUUGGCUUGCCAUGGCUACCACUGGUCCAGGCGAAGCAUGGCCUGGAUACGCUGAGCACUGUCGUCAAACUGCCAACACUUAUGCGUCACUUGCUGCAGACGCACAGUCGUCCUAUACAGAGCUCUAUGUUGAGCAGAACCCCCUGGAGUGA